AUGUAUUUCGUUGUGCCAGCUGAUAUUGUACAGCAUGAUCUAGACAGGAUGGCUCAGCAUUGGCAACUCAGCCGAUUUCCAAUUUGGGUGUGGUCCUCUCCAUCAGGUGUCUCGCUUCUUCGUUCCUCAAAUUUCGACAUGAACUGGGAAGCUCCCCAACUAAAUGAUAAAGUAAUGAAGCGAGUUGCUCGUGCUACAAAAGGUGAGCAUCCACCUCAUGCGAUUUCUUUGAAUCCUGAUAUCACGCCGCAGAAGAUCGCCACAUCCUAUGAUCGAUUGCGACGGUACUGUUCUGCAGGUGAGAAUAGAGAUCUCAGUGAUUUUCUUCUUCUAAUCAAUCCAGUUUGGAUACUCUCGUCGUGA